CCACACAGCUGUUUUGCUCGAUUUCAAAGCAAGGGUAUGAUAAGCCUAAAGGGAACAUUAUAUUCUAUCUACUAUUGUAUAUUUCUGGAUAGAAACAGCGACGAGUCCUGUAUACGUUUUAAAACGAAGGUAGGAAUUCCAGCGUAUGAAUAACACUCUGUGAUUGAAGCACAAUCCUUCUCUUUUUUGGUAUUCAAACUACGAGCUCGAGUCGCUGGAGUUUGUAUAUGAUCUUGUUUAUUGGCCGACGCUCCCUAAUAAUUUUAACGCGUGUCAUGCUGGUGGUUACAACUGGAAAAAGGGACUUUUAACAGCGAGCGGCGAUCAAGAAAAUGGCACGAAUGGUGGAUGGAGAAACGUGGACGUGGAGCGUGCUUUUUCCAGACACUUCGAGAUGGUCAUUUACAUUUUAAUGUAUUUUCCGGUGGACAUAAUACAAAGGUCUUCCAUAACCUACUGAAGCGGAGAGCCGGGGGACGGACGAAAGACGGAUGUUUGACCGUGCUACGCCAUGCAGAGCAGCACAGUAAACACAGACACGCGCUUUGUCUGCGGAGUGCUUUUAUGUACAGUGAAAUUUAAUCAAUACUUUAUUUAACACUUCAUUUUUUGGUUAAUACAAAUUGGGGUAUAAUUCGCAUUUGAUAUUGUUGCGGAAGACGGGUCUUGCUUUUUAACGUUAAUUAGUUGAGAAAGGAAGAAGAGUUUUACAAAGUUACGUUUACAAAGUCCACUUCACUAGCCUAUAGGCUGCCUGGUGUAAAACUGGAAUUACGCUACUUUUCUUUGUUGCAAAUGCACGUUUGUUUAAUCGACUUUGCUUUAUUGAUAGUCGAGAAAUGGAAAAUAGACUCAUAACAAAUGGAAAAUAAUUGCUAAUCUUCCAUUUUAAUAAAACUGGCAAUAGGACCUGCGGUGAAAAUGGUGGAGAAGAGGUGUACGGUUCAAAGGGAAGGGGUGUACCGUUGGUUCUCCCAACUAAACUCCGCGCAGCGGGCAGAGUUCCUCUGCGGGCUGCUGGAUCUCUGCGUGCCUAUAGAACUGCGCUUUCUCGGCUCCUGUCUGGAGGACCUGGCGCGGAAGGACUACCACUCCCUGAGGGAUGCGGAGAUCAAAGCCAACAACCCGGCUGACCUGGCGAACCUGACCAACAUCACGGACGAGGUGGUGCGGAGCAAGCUGCUCAUCUCACUCGCGCUGCUCAACUCGGACAACCGAGAGGCCGCCGGAGUCCUCUUCAGGACGCUAACGCACAUCGACUCCAUCAUCAACAACUAUGGGCUGCAGCUCAACGACGGCCAGACGGGAGAUCAGUUCCUGCUCCUCUUCACCAUGGCGUCCAACCACCCGGCGUUCAGCUUCCACCAGAAACAGGUGCUCCGACAGGGGCUGGUGCAGAUCCAGGGGAUCCUGCAGACGACGUGCGGCGAGCAUCACUCCGGCGUCAGUAGCGGUGCGCUUGCCACCUUAACCUCCGCCAACACCGUCACCACCUACAUCACCGCCGCCACCCUCAACUCUUGUUACGCCGGAUGUACCAGCUGCCACACGGUGACACCCCAGGAGGAUGGGGCAGGUCGAGGAGAUGAGGGGAGUGGCAUCGACGCCUUUGCCCCAUUGCCAGCACAUUCCUGCCAGGAACUGCCCCUCAAGGUGCAUGCUGGGAACUCCAGCAAAGUUAACAUCGAGAGGAUAGACUUGAAGGGAUUUGUACCGAAGAGUGACAAACCCAGCGAGUACUCCUUUGAGGUGCUGUGGUCAGACUCCGGCACUUCCUCCGUGACGAGGUCCGCCCAGGAAGUGACCGAGUUCCUCUCUAAGAUCUCCCAGCUCGUCCCAGACGACAGCCUGGAGAAGCUCCUGCCCCCGUCCACCGGCCCGGACUCUGCCCUCGAACCCGACCCCAGGUGCUUGACGACACUGCCGCCUCACCUUCUGAAACGUGACCAAAUCAGACAGUUCUUCAGUGUUGCCCCGGUAACCAUGCCCCCUCCCAGUGCCAAUCUUGCCUGUUCGUUGCAGUACAGAGGAGCCAACAGCCUACCCAGGCCCAUCUGUGGAGUGGCCAGCAUCCAGCCCGUCAUCAGCGGCCACUGCUCUCUCCAGCCCUACCCCGCCACGGCCCUCCUGCCCCCGGGGGCCGCGCCCGUCCUGCCUCUCGGCGGAGGGGUGAUGUGCGAGGGCGCGCCCUCCCAAACGUCGGGCCGGAGCCCCGCCCCUCAGCCACAGGCCGGCCCCGAGCAGAGCGGGAUCCUGGAUUGGCUGCGCAAACUCCGCCUCCACAAGUACUACCCAGUGUUUAAGCAGCUGACUAUGGAGAAGUUCCUUGCGCUGACAGAAGAAGACCUGAAUAAGUAUGACCUCACCCAGGGGGCCAAGAAGAAGCUGAAGACCCAGCUGGAGCUGCAGAACCGUGAGAAGAAAUACGUGGUGUCACACUUCCCCGUGUCCUGCAGUGGGGUUGCCCGGGUUAUGCCUUCCAGUCACAUCAGUCCUGUGACACCCAUCCACAGCAGCACAGAGCUGCGUGUAGAGGUGGAGACCGGCCCCCACUUGUUCCCACGGGACAGCAGCUCUUCUUCAGGGUACUGCAGCUCUCCCACCAGCCCCAUGACCCCCCUGUCCCGGGACGACGGUUUCGACAGAGCCAGAGACCCCCACAGAAGGCUGGAGUCCAGUUCAGAUGCGGGUGAAAAGGACCGCUCAUGCGUUCUCCUGAACCACACCGUGCCGACCGGGCCCUGCCGGCCCACUGCCCAGGUUCUGCCGGUGCAGAACGACCCCUCGCCCUACCACCUGCCCCAGCUCUCCGCCACCCGCAUCCUCAGCUCCCCCCGAAAGCCCCGGCCCCCGCCCCCUCCCCCGCCCACCCCCGUCCUGUCCCCUCUCUGUCCCCCCUCGGACGAGCGGGUCAAGCCUCUGAGGCUGGAGGGCCGUUUCCCUGGCCUGAGCAUGGAGGUGGCCCCGCCCCUGCAGGACGGCUCCGGCCCCACCCACCAGGGGCCCCUGGCCAUGCUGCUGUCCCCCCCGGGGCCGACGGUGGAGACCAGCGUGGCCCUCACCGCCACCUCCAACACCCUGCACCACGUCACGCACCCCCCUCUACAGCUGCAGCUGUCCCCCUCAAUCCCGCCCGACCACGCCCACCGCUACGCCCACCCCAGGCCAGGCGCCUUUCCCCCGUCCGUCAGCGGCGUCCCCAUGGCGACAGUCAGCAGCGUGCCCAUGGCGACGGUCUGCAGCAUCUCGGCCACGUCGGCCGGCGGCGGCAGCAUCCCCAUGGCGACGGUGCCCGGCAACACCUACUGCGCCAGCGGCGGGACGGCGGUCUCCGGGCUGAACCCGGCCCCUCCCACAUCCAGCCCCGGCCCCGCCCCGGGGGCGGACGCCGCGUCCGUCUGCGUCUGCAGCUCCUGCGGCUGCAGUGGGAACUGCGGGUCCUACAGCGCCCUGCCCGCCGGCUACGCCGGGUACUUCCAGCACCCCUUCUCCGGCCCGCCCGUCUUCACGCUCGGGCCCCUCCUGCACCUCAGCCCCCUGCUGGCCCCCGGCCCCCACCACCCCCAGCAGCACAGCGGCUCGGCCGCGCCCUUCUCCUACCCCCUGGUGGCCCCCCCGCUCUACAGCGGCGGCCUGCCCCAGGAGACGCAGCCCAGCUUCGUCCUGCCCCCCAUGCAGGGCUUCCUCGGGGGCGGCGCCGGCGUGUACCAGCCCCAGGGCAUGCUGGGAAACGGCGGCGUGGGGCACAAGAAGGCGGGGAACAUGUCCUGCUACAACUGCGGAGUGAGCGGUCACCGGGCGCAGGACUGCAAGCAGCCGCCCAUGGACUCUGCACAGCAAGGAACCUUUCGGCUGAAGUACGCACCCCCAUCGGAUGGUCAGGAUUCGGGGGACUAGACAGUGUUCUGCUCACGCCCCCCUCUACACGGCACCAGAUUGUGUCUCAUCCUUCGCUGCUGUGAGGAAGGGGUCCCCGUUCACAAGGGUGUUGGAUCAAAUCUGAGAAACUCAAAAAAGUGGACCUCACAAAUAGAUGCUGAGCGAGGGAUAUACCUACAGAGGUGUAUGUGUGCUUGUGUAUCAGUUAUGGCAUUUGUACCAGUGUGUGUGUGUGUGUGUGUGUGUAUUAUGGCUUCCCUCUCCUCGCCCAGUGUGGUGACCUUUGAACCCCCUCAGGAAAUCUCUCGAUGUCCAGAACGCCAAGGAGAGUUAAAGCAAUCGGACAAACAAAAUGGCCGCUCGGUGUGUGUACUCCAGCGAAGCAGCCAACCGCACCUGGUCUUUACCCCAGAGUGAGGGAAACCACACUGCCGCACAGCGGGGAGACUGUCCAGGUGAACACGGCACAUGCACUCCUUCGGACAGACAACGGCAAUCUGCACCUGCAAGCAUUGUCCAGCUACAUCCCAAAGACUUCCGACUGAUCUGGAAACAGUGGGCUUCCUGGCGCCCCUUCGAGUCACACUACAGUUGUCUUUUGUACAACACUUUUCUAUAAUAACAAACUUCCCUUCCUGCAGGCGUACUGCAGAGAACGGAUCUUUUUUCCUCCAGAUGGUGGGCUGUCUCGAAAUGGUGGAGCCGAACGCGAGCUUUAAUGGGUGCUCCCUGAAGUGAGCGAGGCUUACGCAGAUGCACAGUGUGAGAAGAGGGAUGAACGCGGAAACCAACGCGGCCUGAUCCAAAAUGGCACCCGCGCUCGUAUGCUGCCAGUACUCCAGAUUGGAAUAUCUUCCUAUAUGUUUCAUAGUUUUUUUUAUAUAAAACUUGAGACAUUUUAAUCUUGUUAAAAAUGUGAAACGACCUGGAACCUCUAUUUCAUGAGGGAACAGAUGCCAGAGUUUCAUAAUUGCUAUGAUUGAAGACUGUAUGAUGUCUUUUGUUUGCCUUUUUUAUGGUGGAGUUACCCCUCCCCGCCUUGUUUUGUUUUAUGUCUGGGGGCAUCUUGUCUUUACUCUCUGAAGUCUGCGACUUGUGUAAUAAUCUCAAAUGGAGUGAAAUCUCACCAAGUGAGGAUGAGGUGUGGAAAAGGGUAAGGAAAACGAGCAGAAGAAAGGGUUCUCCAAGUCUGGUGUUGGGCCAGGGGUUUAAAGGAAACCAUACCCUCUUUACUCGCCUCAAACUACUGUAGAUAACUAAAUGAGCUGAACCAUAGAUCACAAAACUGGUGCUGAUGUUGGUGAGCCUUUGGUCUUCCUCCUGGUUUUGUUCCAAACAGGGUGAUUGUGUGCAAGUCUGUCUCCCACCAAUGGGCCACA